ACACACACACACACACACACACACACACACAAUGGAUCCCACUCUCUCAGCAUCAGCAUUAUUUGGCUUUAUGUGAUUUAACUGCCAUGGUUUGUUGGCAGUUUUAAUGAGCUUGGUUUAUGUCAGGGUUGAAGUUACCUUUACUGGAACUUGGGCCACGUGUCUGUCAUCUCCGCUGAGAUCAAAUAACACUUCUUUACACUCACGCUAAUGAUAAUGUUGUAAUAAACUGACACUGAAAGUGAACUGUUCUCACACCCAUUGUCAAAACACAUUACUGUUUGUCUUGCAGAUUUACAGUGGAAACAUUACUCAAUGGAUAAGAAGAUAUGAUCUCAAAGGAUCGGUGACAAAAAAAUACUUUGUUAAAGCACAUUAGAUCUUGAGAUACAUUUCCUGUCAAGGGCCACCUGCAAUAUAAAUCAAACAAAGAAAAAGCUUUACAGUUUCUCCAAAAAGCAAUAGAUACUGUAUACAUUUUGGGAAAUGGCUGGCUUGCCUUCUUACUAAUUGUAAGAUCAAUACCGAUAUCAAUAUCAAUACACAGUAAGCUUUCUGAAUGUUUUCUCAUCUGUCUGAACUUUAUGCUAAGCUAAGCUAACCAGCUGCUGAUUAAAACUUCAUAUUCAGCCAUACAGUACAGACAUCUGAGUGGUAUACAGUAUAUCUUCUCUUCAGACUUUUGGCAGGAAAGCAAAUAAUUGCAUUUUCCAAAGCUAUUUCUACAAGACCAUAACAUGAGUGUACCUUUAAUUUAAAUUGAUGCAGCACGCAAUUUAAAUGACUGAAACUGUCAUCCAUAAGAAAUUAUGCAGACUUCUGUUAGGCCAGAAAAUGUAAUUGACUGAAGACACAUAACAGUCUGUUCUCUCCCAUCUCAAAUGAAUCCAUUUCCAUCUCUUCACAGGAGCAGAUUUUGGUGCAAAAUGUCCCAUCCCCUGACAUUUUCCACAGCAGUGGCAAGUUUCUAGCAUCAACUGCUGAGGCCAGCCCGCACACCUGUGAGCCCUGUGGGACCUGCUGCCAGCAGAUGGCAGAGUCACAGACUACCGAGGGCAGGAACGUCUGCUUCCCCCAGCGAGAGAGAAACACAUUCAGAUCGAGGACUGCAGUCGUGAACAGGAGGCACAGCACUGAUGGGACCCUUGAAGGCCAUGAUGACUCUGACCGUUUCCAUCCUUACCAUCGACAGUUCAGUGAUGGAGCAGUGCCGGCUGCAGGUGGCCUCCCACAGUGCUUGUCCUCUUUCAGCUGCCUGCAGGAGGUGUGCAGCACUGACCCUCAUUCACACAGCUCAAGCAGUGAGGCUCCAACAUCCUGGGAUCAACAUGACGACAGCGUGCAGAGUUCAUACCCAGAACUAUCAACUUUUCCUGUAGAGCCCUCCUGCUUCCUGUCUCAGAGUUACCCAUCCUACACCUCAUCGAUCCCUCUGCAGCAGGUGUCACAAAUAAUGAGUGAGGAUAGUGCCGCCUUAUUUGUUUCAAAAGCAGUGGACAGUGCGCAUGACUCAGCCAACGCAAAUGUCUCUAGACUGUACCACAACAACGAUCAGUUCCACAUCUCAAAAUAUUCUCUCCAAAGUCUCUCAACUCAAUCACACCAGGAGAGAAACACACAGUCCCUCUUCCCCAAGCCCAUUUACUCAUACAGCAUCUUGAUCUUCCUGGCUCUGAAGAACAGUAAAACAGGGAGCCUGCCAGUCAGUGAGAUCUACAGCUUCAUGACUGAACACUUCCCUUAUUUCAAGUCAGCUCCUGAUGGAUGGAAGAACUCUGUGCGUCACAACCUCUCUCUCAACAAAUGUUUUGAGAAGGUGGAGAACAAGAAUGGGAACUCGUCCCGUAAAGGCUGUCUUUGGGCUCUCAAUCAAGCCAAGGUGGAGAAAAUGCAGGAGGAGCUGCACAAAUGGCGUCGCAAGGACCCUGUCACAGUUCGCAGGAGCAUGGCAAAACCAGACCUUGAUCGUCUCCUGGGAGAGAGGCCUGAUAAGUUCAGGACUUUGCCCCCUUACACCAACCCAGCUGUGAUAUCCAGAGUGGCCCCUCUUUACGGCAACACCUCGUCAUCCUGCUCCCCAGCCCAGCUGCUGCCGUCCUGCCUUCCCAGUCGGCGCCUACAGUAUUUGCAUGUUCAGCCUCAGCAGCACUGCUACCCUCCUAACGCUCACCCCAGCAAUUCAUUUUCCCUGUACUCACCCUGUGGGCAGCAGCCUGCAGCUGGUUUCCUAUCAGUCAAUGGGAGCUUGCACUCCCCCAUGGCUGGUAAGUUGCCCCCUGUUUACAGCGGCGCCCUGCAGGCUGAGUACAGCCCCAGGAGCAUGCAGGACUUGCUGGUGGAGGGAGACGCCAGUUAUGACAUUGACACGCUCAAUCCAAGUCUGACUGACCUGCAGCUGCAAGGCUACCUGUGGGAGGAGUUACAGGAGGACAGCCAGGUGCCCGACCCACAGGUGACCACCACCACCUCGAACAUCCAGACCAGCUGCCUUCAGGCCACGUCUCCUGUCGGUCAGGUCUCAGAGUUGACUGCUGUCGCUCGGCGAAAAGCAGAGUUUGAGGAUGGAAACACGGGAAGAAGCUUUGAUGCUUAUUUGAAUGGACUGCAUCCUGCGGGUUAUUCAGGGGUGGAGAGCCUGGCUGGGUAUCUGACCUCCUGCACUGCCUCCAUAUCCUAAUGUAAAGACUGUUUGGGCUCUUUCACACUUUCUGACCACUAUAUUAACCUUUAAUGAGUAAAAGUGUCAUAAACAGAUUAGGUUAUUUAACCCACCUCUGUUUUCCAAUGCAUGACUGUGGAGGAAAUAGGUAUGUUUUUCUGUUGUGUCUUUUUCAUACACAUUUUUUUUUCUCCAUUUAUUUAUUUGAAAGAGCUUCUCUCAUGGUGAGUUUCUAAAUGUUGAAAAGGUAUUAUAAAAGGGAAAAAAUUGAAAGAAAACAGAUGAGAUAUUUCAAAUUCAAGCUCUGUAAACUGCUUUAAUUUCAAUUUAUACUGUCACAUUUAUUUACAUCUUUUUUAAACAUGUUUUAUUCUAACAUUUCUUCAUUUCUGUUGUUAUUAUUGUUUAUUUUUGUUUAUUAUUAUUAUUAUUGUUAUUAUUAUCCUUGUUUGAAUUCAUCUGUCCUAUGCUGUGUUUUACCCUUGUUGCUGUUGCUGCUAUUUUCCUUUCGGGAAUCAACAAAGGUUUAUAUUAUCUUAUCUUAUCUUAUCCUAUUUACCUGUUGCAGACUGUAUUCUACAUUGUUUUUAAAAAGUCACAUCAUCGUUCUUUAAUUAAUUUACUUACGUAUCAUUAUCAUUAAUGAAUUGUUAUAUCCAAUUGUUUAAAGUUAAUCACAUUAUUGAUGAGUUAAAAGUAUAAAAUGUUAUUUUCUGCUCCCAGUGGUUUCUCAAUCAAAACAGAGUUUCUGGCGUCGUACAGUAACACAGGGUCAUGGGAAUUCAUCUUAGCAGUCAGCUUCUCCAGGUUGAAUUACUGCAUUGUGCAGCAUUUAGGAUUUUUUUCUAAGGAGGCGUAUUAACCCCAAAGUCGGUUCUUCUCCAAGACAAACUCACACAAAUUGUUGGAGGAUGUUAUCUGAUUAAACAGCUUACACUGAACUUGCUGCAACCUGUAACAAAUCACCAGUUUCCUGGAUUAUCCUACUGUGUUAUGUGAACUGAUUAAAACCCUUUUAAUGUUUUGAUAA